CUUGAGCCUUGAAGUUGAAGUUGAAGAGAUCCAAUUGUUCAGCAACUUGAAGCCAUGAGAAGUCAGCAUUGGCGCGCCUGCACUGGCAGCUCUUUCCACUGCCAGAUUGCUUUUCCUUGGACAGAAUCUUGUUUUCCCUCCCUGUAUUCUGUCUGCCCCAUAUAGCUUGCUGAUGUUCUCUCACGAUGGCUGCUGCACUUCAGGGCUUGGACUUUUCCGGCUACAUGGAUCCACUCAUCCAGGCUGCAAGAUCUGAGCUGCAGAAUAAGACAGCAUACGCCAGGGUGUGGCUGGAGCCUUUUCAUGACGAGUUGAGAGCUGUUGGCAAGCACUAUGAUUGGCUUCCCUUCGAGCUGCUUCUAGUGAUGCACUCCCUGUACGUCGCCUCCCUCUUUCGCCGGACUGAGUACACACGCUUCUGGCCGGCCCUCUUCUGGGUGUCCUUCAUCGCCGCCUUUGGGAGUGGCAGCCUGGUCAACAUCUGUUUUCACGACUACCCAGCCUGGCUCAGAAGUGACGCCAUCCUGCUGACCUACGCAGUCUGCUGGUAUCUGGUGUUGUUCAGUCCUGGGGACGUAGUCUUCAAGGUGUACAGUAUGCUGCCUAUCAGGGCUGCUUGCAAGCUGGCCACGACGCUUCUCAAAGCCCGCAACGUCGCCAACUCGGUCCACCGCGCCGUUCAAGUCUUUGGCCCUAGCCAAAUCGUGGCGCCGCUGUUUUUCGGCGUCCUGGGGGGGUGUGGGGGCACCUAUCUCACGGACAUGGCUUCUUAUAUCUUGGGGAUCAAGAAGCCUAUCGAAUUCCUCGAACCGUCCUGGGCGACUCGGUCCGUUUUUCUGAGCGCCGCCUUCUACCUGUUCGCUGUGCACUGGUACGCCAUUCUUCCGCAAGACGUGGCCACCACUAUCGGUGUCUCCGUUCUGGCCGCGCAGAGUUUAGGGGCCGAGCUGACAGGCUGGCCGCUUGACUUCACCGCACCGUUUGAGUACAUGUUCCAUUCACUGAGCGGCAUCCCUGUCGCUUCGAUUUGGAAAGACGGGGGGCAUCAACCAAGCGGGAAAGCCGUCUUUGAGGCACGAAAAAAGAAGGUCAUGUAAAUACUGCGCAGCGCUCAAGGUAUGCCAUAGAUUUGGACAAGCCACCUGUACAUGUUCUUACAGAUUAAAAGCUAGCACUUGCCACGAUUCGCCGGCCACAUCGAGGCCUCAAAUUCACCAACAAGAUGCGCGCACUGAUCAGAUUGAUUGAGCUCACGGAACCUGCAGCCCGCAGUUAUGCAGAUAC